AUGUCAUCUUCGGGGCCAGAUCAACAGCUACAAGCCGAACAAAAUACGAUUUUACAUUUACACAGGAAGCGACUUUUUCCUUCUGAUAAUUCCAGAAAAGAAUCGAUAACAGCGACAUCAGCAACAAUUGUGGGGUCUAUUUCUGCAAAAAUUCGUAAAACUUCUGCAGUAAAUAAUCAGGUUGCCGAGAGUAAUAAUUUGAAUCGUGGUAGUUCGCAAGAACCGGGAUCAUCGAGAACCGGCGAAGGGCAACUGGCAAACCGCCUUUCGCAGGCCAUACCAGUUAAAGCAGAAUUACGUUAUCUAACAGAUUUCUUUCCUGAUCAAGGUUCAAGUGAUCGCCGUUUAACUCGUUCACAAACGUUAUAUUCAUCACCAUCUUCAUCGGCUGUGGUUACAAGGGAAACGGCUCAAGACUGUUCCCAAAACUGUAUUAGUCCUCAGACAAGAUUUCGUACAAAAAAAAAGCACAGUCGUUUAUCUCAUAAAGAAGCGGAAAAAUCUUCACGCAGCCAAGCACAGCCAGGUUAUCAAGUGUUACAAGCUGCAACAUCAUCAAACGAACAAUUUUCAGCUCGAGCAAAAUCGCAAAAUUUGGUUAUUUCUGAAGCCGUUUCGUCUGCUGAGAGUGGGUCUAGGAAUACUUUUAAUUUUACAAACUCAGCUCAAGCGUCAUCCGAAUUCCGUCAGUCAUACUAUUCGCCUUUGUUUGAUAGGCAUUCACAGGGUACAAUUGAGUAUCAAGUUUGCAGUUACAAGUUUCGUUGGGAUGAAUUUUCUCUCGAAGCGAAUGAUGAAUGGUCUUUUAUCAUCCCCUUACCUAUUCGAUGA